AUGGCGAUGCGGACCGCGCUGAGCUCCCUCCCCGCGCGCCUGCGCGCCCCCGCGGCCCCCGCGUCGGCGGCGGCGACCGGCGGCCUGCGCCUCCUCAGCGACGGGAAGGGCCGCGUGCUCAGCGAGGAGGAGCGCGCCAAGGAGAGCGUCUACAUCCAGAAGAUGGAGAAGGAGCGGCUGGAGAAGCUCAAGAAGCGGCUCGAGCAGGAGAAGUCCGGCAACGACAAGGCCAAGCCCACGGACGCCGACAAGCUGCACUCUACACUCCCAACUUUCAAGUCACUGCAUAUUUGUAGGGCAAGUCCCAAACGAACUGUAGAUGCCGAACUGAUCCUGAUAGAAUGGGGUUGGGAUGGGGUCCUCUGUCUACUGAACAAAAUGGAUGGGGAUAUUUCUGGAACACCCAAGUACAUUGCAGGGUUUAGUUCUCAAGAACCUGGAAUGUUCAGAUCAGAUCAUGAGUUAAUGUGGACUAUGCACUACUUUGACUGA